CCAAUGUCUGUCUUGACAGGGUCAGAUUUGCAAAUAUGCAUCCCCAAAGCUCUCACCUGUUGCUCCCGCAAGAUGGAGGAGAGAUACCAAGGCUUGGCUCGGUCCAACAUGGAGCAGAUCCUCCAGACGGCCAGCAUGGACUUGAAAUUCCUCAUCAUGCAGAACGUGGCCAUUUUCCAAGAAGCCUUUGAAAUGGUCGUGCACCACGCCAGGAACUACACCAACUCCAUGUUCAGGAACUACUACCGCCACGUGGCUGCCAGGACUUCUAAACUGGUGGGGGAAUUCUUCACCGACAUCUCCCUCUACAUCUUGGGCUCAGAGAUCAACGUCAACGACAUGGUCAACGAGCUCUUUGAUGGCUUGUUCCCCUUGAUCUACCCCCACCUGAUCCAUCCGGGGGCCCCCCCUGACCCUCCUGUGGAGACCCUGGAGUGCCUGCGGCUAGCCCGGCGAGACUUGAAGGCGUUUGGCCCCUUCCCCAAAGUCAUGAUGACCCAGGUGGCCAAGUCCCUGCAAGUCACCCGCCUCUUCCUCCAGGCGCUCAACCUCGGCAUCGAAGUGGUGAACACCACCGACCACUUGAGGUUCAGCAAGGAGUGUGGGCGGGCGCUGCUGAAGAUGUGGUACUGCCCGCAGUGCCAGGAUCUGCUCCUGGCCAAGCCGUGCGCGGGGUUCUGCCGCGGGAUGUUGCAAGGGUGCCUGGCCAGCGUGGUGGAAAUCGACGGUCCCUGGCGGGAAUAUCUCCGCUCCCUGGAAGGGAUGGUGAAGGGCAUGAAGGGCCCCUACGACAUAGAACAUGUGCUCCUCAACCUCUUCUCUUUGGCUCAGGACUCCAUUGGUCACAUGCAGAAGAACGCUGGGAAGUUGGUCCCGACCAUCAACAAGCUGUGUGGUCCUUCCCAGCAGAGGCAGCACCGAUCAGCGUGGAAUCCCGAAGACCAUGUUGCUGAGCAGGGGAUGAAGGGUACCACUCUGGUGGAACCCCAAGAAACCUUAUCCGGUCGAAAGAGGGAACUGGUCACCAAGCUGCGGGCCCACAGUGGCUUCUACAGCAGCUUGCCAGAAUAUAUCUGCAGCCACAGUUCCACGGUGCACAACAACACUUUCUGCUGGAACGGACACGAAGUGGUGGAAAGAUACAGCCACCCACCCACAAGGAAUGGAGGCCGAUCUCAGUCGGGGCAGCAUGAAGCGAAGGCCAGGGGUCCUGAGCCGGUCAUCAGCCAGAUCAUUGACAAGCUGAAGCACAUAAACCAGCUGCUCAAAGGCAUGUCUGCCUCACGCCGGAAAAACCUGGAGCGCCUUGACGAUGAGGAGGGGGCCGAAAGUGGGGAUUGUGAUGAUGAAGAUGCCUGCAACGAGGCUGCGGCUUCUGGAGACGGGGAGUUGAAAGGGAAGAACCAGUUAAGGUUUUUGGCGGCAUAUCAGACACGUUUGCAGCUUCUGCGGUGGCAGGAAUCUUGA